AUGCACCUUCUUGGACCAUUUCUCCUCGGUGGCAUCGACAUAGAAUCCUGCUCCGGUACCGAAUUUGUAGGUCUCGUCCUCACCUUCGACACCAGCACCUCUUGGAGAGGUAUCUGGGAACACCAUGGCAAAGCCGUACUCGUUACAGUAAGGCUGCCAGAAUCCCUUCUCAGAGCAAUUGUUUGGAGUACAGGACAAUCCAGACAGAAAGACCAGGACUGGCAGCUUGGUGUCUGGCUUCUCGUAGUACUGUUUUGGAAGAUAGAGAUUGACAUCCAUCUUGGUCUUGGUCUCCUUAGAGUCAUGCUGGAGCUUGACGAUCUUGCCGCCAAAGGACUUGAUUUCUUCUUGGGUGGUGAAAGACAUAAUGAGUGGCAAAAAUUGGCACGUUUGAACGGAUAUUUCAAUGAAAUCAAGAAAUGGAUCAAUAGCCUAAUUUAUAGAGGAUAA